UUCACAUGGACGCGCGUACACGCGCGUUAGCACGCCACAAAACGCGCGUUUACCAUUCAGAUGGCUACGUGUCACGCGCGUUGUACGAGAAUGUUCUAAUCAAAAACAAUAUAUAGUACAGUUCAGACUGUCAUCGAGAAUGGAUGUGAUAGAUGCUGUGUGUUUGUGGGCCGUCCACCGAAGGAUGAGAAGACGCAGACAAAUGAGGGAAAGAAAAUAUUGGGUUCAUCCUAUUUUAAAAACAAGGCUUUCUCAUAGUCUUUAUGUCACGUUAUAUCCUAAACUUAGAGAACAUGAUGAAAAAUUUUUCAAUUACUUUAGAAUGUCCAUUAAAUCAUUCGAUGACCUAUUGGAGAUAAUUAAAGACUCCUUAGAAGCUGAUGAAAAUGCAAUAAGAUAUUGCAUUUCACCACAAGAAAAACUUAUCGUUACAAUAAGAUACUUGUCAACAGGUUGUUCGAUAACCGAUUUACACUAUAAUUACAAAAUUGGAGUAUCUACUUUGACUGGCAUAAUACGCCAGGUAUGCCAAAUCAUAUGGAUUAAAUUAAAAAAUACUGUAAUGAGUGAACCUAACAAACAGAAAUGGUUAGAAAUUUCAACAGGAUUUGAAAAACGUGCAAAUUUCCCAAACUGUAUUGGAGCGUUAGAUGGGAAGCAUAUACGAAUUACUCAACCACCAGAUUCCGGUUCAAUUUAUUACAAUUAUAAAAAUUUUUUUUCUCUCGUUUUGAUGGCAUUGUGCGAUUCAAACUAUUGUUUUGUAUGGGUCGACAUUGGAGGUUAUGGUAAAGAUAGUGACUCAGGGUUAUAUAAAGAAUCUACGUUAUAUAAAAAAUUAACUGAAAAGAAAUUAGAUAUUCCUGAUCCCAAGCCUCUUAUAAUUGAUAAUGAAGAUACAAAAGUCCCAUUCGUAAUUGUAGCUGACGAAGCAUUUGGUAUGACAGAAAAUUUAAUGAGACCUUAUGGUGGCAAAAUGUUAUCCUAUGAAAAAAAAAUUUUUAAUUAUCGGUUAACGUUGGCACGUCGAUAUGUAGAAUGCACAUUUGGGAUUAUGUGUAGUAAGUGGCGAAUAUUACAUAGACCGCUAGAUGUAAAGAUUGACUUUGCUGAAGCUAUUGUAAAAGCCAUAUGCACUUUACAUAACUAUGUUAGAGUGAGAGAUGGUUUUAAUUACGAAGAUACACUAUACACACCACCAUUAUCAAAUCUCAGUUCAACCUAUACUGGCCGUCAUGUACGUGAUGCUGAUAUGAUUCGAAACAAAUUUACCAACUACUUUACAAAUGAAGGGAAAUUAGAGUGGCAAGACAAAAUGAUUUGAACAAUUUUAUUCAUUUGUAAAUUUUAAAAUAAA